UUUGCAUUUAACUUUAACCUUAGAUGCUGUUGUGGAAAAGGCUGCAAACGAAGUUAUCAUCUUUCUUGUUUCAAUCCACUUUUGCAUGAUGUUCCACCUGGUGCCUGGCUCUGUAAUUUUUGUGUGAAAAAGAAGAUGGAUUUAGGCGUGUACAGUGUGGCGGAUGGGAUAGAAUCGGUUUGGUUUCAUGAAGAAGGAAUGCAGUGUGGAAAGCGAUAUUUUGUCAAAUACAAAGGCCUUGCCCAUGUUCAUAAUCGUUGGAUUCCUGAAAGCGAGCUGUUGCACAUCGCCCCUUCACUUUUAGCCAAUUUUAGGAAUAAAAACCAGAAAGAGGUAAUUAAGUGGAGAAAAGAAUGGACUGAGCCUGAACGUUUGUUACAGAAAAGAUUACUAGCGCCCCUUGAAGCAGCUGAUGAGUGUGCUUCUAUGUCUAUUUCGGGAUCUUGGGAUUGUUGUAUUGAGUGGUUUGUGAAAUGGAAAGGGCUUGGCUAUGACCAAGCUACCUGGGAGCUCGAAAAUUCACUACUAUUAUGCUCAUCCGAAGCUGCAAGGCUCAUAAAAGAUUAUGAAUGUCGUCGUGAGCAGGCCAAUAGGUUAUAUGAUCCUCUGAUAGCUGACAAGGAGAUUGACCAGUAG